GAGCCUAAGGCUGUACCCAUCGUCAAGACCACAUCUGGACCAUUCAUGGAAGAAUCCGACAGCGAGGAAGAAGACGACGACACCAAGCCGAGCAUUGCAACCACUGCACCUGCAACCAUCAAGGCAGAAGCGAAACAACCACCAUCGUUGAUUCACCAACCUACUUCCGCAUGAUGUUUUUGAUGAAGGUGAAGAAUAUGUCGAGAGAUUGUGGAUGGAGCAGGAACAGAUCAAGCUUGAACAGGGCGAAGAUGACAGUUUCCAAGAUGAUGAGAUUAAAACACCAGAAGCAGACGCUCCUUCAUGUCCGAUUUGCAGCGUCAAUCUUGCUGGUGUAGCAGAAUCAGACGCUGCCGUCCAUGUCAACAACUGCCUUGAUGGGAACCCCACGCCAUUGCCUGAAAAGAAAGAGAAGCCCCCACCUACCGCCCUUUCACCAGCACGAUUCAAGAAGCCUGUCCGUCCAGCAAAACCCGCUCAGUCACAACCAUCCGGCAACGAUUCUUCAAGCUCUGCAUUCUCGAAACUCAUGACAAGUCGAUCUGAAGAUAUGGCGUGGGCUAAUGCUGCCGCCGCGGAGAACGCCUCUCGUGGAAAGCCAAGCUACACCCGAACAUGUCCUUUCUACAAAAUCCUACCAGGCACAAACAUUGCUGUUGAUGCUUUCAGAUAUGGUGCUGUCGCCGGAUGCAACGCCUACUUCUUGAGUCAUUUCCACAGUGACCACUAUGUCGGUCUCACAAGUACUUGGACACAUGGACCCAUCUACUGCAGUAAAGUUACUGCCAAUCUGGUCAAACAGCAGCUACGUGUCAACCCAGAGUACGUCAUUGCCCUGGAUUGGGAAGUCCCAUUUGAGGUGCCAGGAACACCUGGAGUCACUGUGACAAUGAUUUCGGCAAACCACUGUCCUGGCUCAUCUCUAUACCUGUUCGAGAAGCCUCUCAGUAAAGGUCCUGAUCCAAAGUUACACCGUGUCCUGCAUUGCGGAGACUUCAGAGCAUGUCGCAUGCACCUCGAACAUCCUCUGUUACGACCAGAUGUACAAGAUCAUAUCACCGGAAAGAACAAGGAACAGAAGAUUGACGUCUGUUAUCUUGACACGACAUAUCUGUCCCCAAAAUAUUCUUUCCCAGAGCAAGAAGAUGUUAUCAAAGCAUGCGCAGAUAUGUGCGUCAGAUACAACGAUGACCCUUUGGUACUCGAUUCGUUAAAAUCGGAAAGCGCAAGCAUGGCCAAAUUCGUCCGCCAAGACUCACAGCCAACCCUUAAACAAGAAGACUCAGAUAUGAAGAUCAAGCAGGAGCCCUCCGACUCCACCGAGCUGAAGUUGCACAAUAACGGCAAAUUGACCAGCACAAAAGCCGCCCGUCUGCUCGUGGUGGUCGGCACCUACUCAAUUGGCAAAGAACGCAUCUGCAUCGGCAUAGCAAAAGCACUAGGCUCAAAGAUCUUCGCGCCAGCAGGCAAACAACGCAUCUGUCGCGCUUUGGAGGAUCCGGAGUUGAGCGGUUUACUCACCACUGAUCCACGGGAGGCUCAAGUCCACAUGACGCCCAUCUUCGAGAUCCGCGCCGAUACCCUCGAUGACUACCGUCAAGGCUACGCCGACCACUUUGACCGCUGCAUCGGCUUCCGCCCCUCUGGCUGGAACUACAAACCCCCCUCCUCCCGCCUCGACACCCCCAACGUCAGCAACAUCCUCUACUCCACGUCCUGGAAAUCCGCAUAUUCGAUAAAAGACCUAUCCCCUCAACGAGGAUCCACGAACAGAGCCAAAUGUUUUGGUGUUCCGUACUCAGAACAUUCGAGUUUCAGAGAAUUGACUAUGUUUUGUACGGCUUUGAGGGUGGAGAAAAUUAUUCCUACCGUUAAUGUGGGGAGUGGGAAGGGGAGGGAGAGGAUGAAGGGGUGGGCGGAUAGGUGGAUCGCUCAUAGGGAGAAAAAUGGAUGUUUUGAGGUUAAGGAUUGGUAGUUAUGGUGUUGCUUGAUCGAUGAAUCACCAUCAUGUCACGGUUCGCGAGACUGCUAUCGGUGUUUUUAACAUGACCGGUGG